UCAGCCACACUUUCCAGAGUUGGAAAAGAGAAGCAGCUCAGAACUGUUGUGUGUCUGCGGCUCCACAGACUCUGUGUGUGUGUGGGUGUUUGUGUGUUAGUGUUAGUGUUGCUGUCCACACAGUGAAGCCAAGUGGAUUGAUUGAUAACACAACAUGUGGGCUGUGCGUCCACAGACAGAGCAGGCGCGCCCUGCUCUGGGGGCUAACUGCUAAGCAUGCUGGGCAAGGACCAGCAAACGACCAGCAGCCUCAACCUGGUAAAAUCAGAAGUGUCUGACACCGCGGCGGCAGGAGACGCACACGACGGCAUCAACAUGGCGGAACUCGUGGAAAGCUUGGACACCAGAGAGCUGGAUAUGGGGGAAGGAGAGGACAUCGACUAUGAUGGAAACUUAGGGGACUGUCGUAUCCCGUUUGCAGCAGUGUACGCCACGGUGGGCUUCAAGGAGGCCAGCGCCAGGGUGUACCUGCCCACCGUGCCCCUCAUCGCCCGGAUCCUGGAGGUGGAGAGAUCCACGGCGGCUCAGGACCGCUUCAACCUGUCGCACCAGAGGAGCGUCAACAAGUCGCUGCCAGCCGUGUUUAAGAUUGAGCUGAAGCACGGCGAGUUCACCUGGGUGGUGAAGAGGAAGGAGAAGCAUUUCAUGGAUCUGCACAGGGAGAUGAGGAAGUACAAGACCUUCAUGAGGAUACCGCUGCCGUCGCGCAGCCACACAGUGAGGAGGAAGACGGUGAGGAAGAGCGAGGUGAGGGAGAUGCCCUCCCUGCCGAGGGGCGGGGUGGACGAUCUGGUGCGAGACGAGCAGGUCUCCAGCAGGAGGAAACAAUUAGAAGACUAUUUGAACAAGCUGCUGAGGAUGGCCAUGUACCGCAAACAUCACCAUACUAUGGAGUUCAUUGACAUCAGCCAGCUGUCUUUCAUUCAUGACCUGGGACCCAAAGGACUGGAAGGGAUGAUCUAUAAGCGCUCGGGCGGGCAUCGUAUCCCUGGCAUGAACUGCUGUGGUCACAGCCAAGCCUGCUACCGCUGGUCCAAACGCUGGCUGGUGGUGAAGGACUCGUGUUUGCUGUACAUGAAGCCAGACUCGGGGGCCAUCUCCUUCGUCCUGCUGCUGGAUAAAGAGUUCAGCAUCAAGAUGGACUCCAAAGAGACAGAGACCAAACAUGGAGUCCGGGUUGACAGUCUCUCCAGGACGCUGGUGUUCAAGUGCAGCAGCUACAGACACGCCCGCUGGUGGGGUCAGAGCAUCGAGAGCUUCGUGAGGAAUCACGGGAAGGCCUUCCUGCGGGAUCACCGCUUCGGAUCCUUCGCCCAGGAAGAGGAGAACAUCCCUGCCAAAUGGUACGUGAAUGGGAGGACGUACAUGGAGGACGUGGCCGACGCUAUGGAGGAGGCUAAAGAGGAGAUCUUUAUCACUGACUGGUGGCUGAGUCCAGAGAUCUUCCUGAAGAGACCUGUGGUGGAGGGCAACAGGUGGAGGCUGGACUGUAUCCUCAAACGCAAAGCACAACAGGGAGUGCGUAUCUUCGUGAUGUUGUACAAGGAGGUGGAGGUCGCUCUGGGCAUCAACUCAGGCUACAGCAAGAGGACGCUCCUGCACCUGCACCCCAACAUCAAGGUGAUGCGUCAUCCCGACCACGUCUCCUCCUCCGUCUACCUGUGGGCGCAUCACGAGAAGAUCAUCGUCGUUGACCAAUCGGUGGCCUUCGUGGGCGGGAUCGACCUGGCGUACGGCCGCUGGGACGACCGGGAGCACCGGCUGACCGACGUGGGCAGCGUGACUCGUUCUGUGGCUCUGGAGCAGGUCAGACACACAAAUACACACAACAAGCCUUUAUCCAAUAAGGGCGUGUCCUCUGUCGACGGCGUCUCGGAGCGCAACGGUCAAGGGACGCCGCCCGGCGACCAGGUGGACUUACCAAAGCUGAAGGGGAUUGGUCGCAACAGGCGGGUUCGCUUCAGUCUGUACAAGCACCUGCAGAAACACACCCUGCAGCACGCGGACAGUGUGAGCAGCGUGGACAGCGCGGGGAGUGGUUCAGUGCAAAGCCUGAAGACCGAUGUUGGAGAACUACAAGGCAACACUCGCUUCUGGCACGGAAAAGACUACUGCAACUUCGUCUACAAGGACUGGAUCCAGCUGGAGAAACCUUUUGAUGACUUCAUCGACCGAUACACCCAACCCAGAAUGCCUUGGCACGACAUCGCCUCGGUGGUUCAUGGCAGAGCCGCCCGGGACGCGGCCAGACACUUCAUUCAGCGCUGGAACUUCACAAAGAUCAUGAAGCCAAAGUAUCGCUCUCUGUCUUAUCCGUUCCUCCUUCCCAAGUCGCACACCAGUGCCAACGAGCUCAGAUACCAAGUUCCUGACUGCACCAAUGCCAAAGUACAAGUGUUACGUUCAGCAACAGACUGGUCGGCGGGAAUAAAGUACCACGAGGAGUCGAUCCACAAUGCCUACAUCCAGGUCAUCGCCAAGAGCAAACACUACAUCUACAUCGAGAACCAGUUCUUCAUCAGCUGCGCCGACAACAGGAUGGUGUACAACAAGAUCGGAGACGCCAUCAUCGAGAGGAUCAUCAGGGCGCACAAGGAGGGGAAGAAGUACAGAGUCUACGUGGUCACGCCGCUGCUGCCCGGGUUCGAGGGGGACAUCACCACGGGAGGAGGCAGCGCCCUCCAGGCUGUCAUGCACUUCAACUACAGAACGAUGAUCAGAGGAGAGUACUCCAUCAUCUCGCAGCUGAAGAAGGAGAUGGACGACCAGUGGAUGAACUACAUCUCCUUCUCGGGGCUGAGGACUCACGCUGAGCUGGAGGGACGUCUGGUCACAGAACUCAUCUACGUCCACAGCAAGAUGCUCAUCGCAGACGACAACACAGUCAUCAUCGGUUCUGCUAACAUCAACGACAGGAGCAUGCUGGGUAAACGUGACAGUGAGGUGGCGGUGAUUAUCGAGGACUCUGAAAAGGUGGCGUCUGUGAUGGACGGACAGGAGUAUGAAGCCGGACCCUACGCACUGCAGCUACGCCUGGAAUGCUUCAGGACCAUCCUCGGAGGUCACACCGACACCAGCAUCGACCCGUCGGACCCCAUCAGCGAACGCUUCUACAAGGAGGUGUGGAUGACCACAGCCGGCCGCAAUGCCACCAUCUAUGAGAAGGUGUUCCGCUGCCUCCCCUCGUCCCUGGUGAGGAACAUGUCCGAGCUGGAGCAGUUCCAGUCCAAGCCGGGCCUGGCCCAGACCGACUCGGCCCGCGCUCACGAGGAGCUGCGCAAAAUCCGCGGCUUCCUGGUCCAGUUUCCUCUGGACUUCCUGUCCGAGCACAACCUCAUGCCCUCUGUGGGGACGAAGGAGGCCAUGGUCCCGACGGAGAUCUGGACGUAAAGGACGUGAAAAGAUCUCCACCUGCUCUUCACGCGUGUUUCAUCUCGAGUCUCUGGACUGUGAUCGUCAUCAUCAGCUGGAUUUUUUUGUAAGAGAUCAUUCCUGAUUGGUCCGAUCUGGAGACGAGAGGCGGGUUUACGACUCGGCCGGGCAUCGACAAAUCUCUCAAAACUGUUGCUACUGAAAAACACUAAACGGUGGUAGGAGCUUGAAGGGGUAAGCACUAACAUGUAUGAAGAACAUGAAGACUUGGCUCUUGUGGACAGUUCUGGAUGCAUUGUGGCCUCAUUGAAAUUGUGGAGAUUCAAAGAAAUGGGGUUUUGAAGGGACCAGAGUGAGGGACGAGUCAAAUCCGAGACAACACUGCUAAUAAACACACAACUCUCGGUUUAGGAAUGAAUUUGUAAUGUUGGAUACAAGCUCGUAAGGUGCAGUCGUGCUCAAUGUGACGGAGGAGUCGCUGAGCUCGUCGACCUGCUGCCUCACAUGAAUUUAAAAUCUCUUCUUUUUUUUUAUCUCAGAUGUGUUUUUGGAUUUCUAAUAAUCUGACGUGUGCUCGCACGUGCACACAAGACAACUUUACUCGUUCAGCAGUGGUGCAUGAUUUACCGAUCUUGAAGACUAAUGCAUGUACCAAUCACAGAAACCCCCAGUGGAGGCAUUUUUUAACGUUCUGUCUGGAAGAUGUUUUGUGAGAGACAAAGCUCUAUUCUGCUGAAAUCGAGGUGUUGAGCCGAUUUGGCUGCAAAAGCUUAUUCAACUCUAUUUGUUGUGAAGACGCUUGUGCUCCACAUCAGAGGCCGGAUGAGACAAUCUGCCCACAAGUUUGAAAAGCAGCAGUUCCUUUUUUGCUCAACAGAUGGUGCUAGCCUCUUAAGAAUACAGUGUGUGUGUGUGUGUGUGUGUGUGUACAGUAAUGGACAAGUUUUGUCAGUUCUCAGCGUCAUGGCGAAGGUUUUCUAUUAAAUGCAGAAACACAGUCUUUGAAACAGGGAAAAUACAAAUUAUACCAUGUGACUGAUGCCUGGAGCAAAGCUUUCACAUAUGAAGAUUCAGCUCGAGACUGCUUUUUUAAACGUUUCCACUCGAUUUGUUCUCUGAGGUUAUCCAGUUUGUCUUGUAAAUACAAAUGUCGUGACUAGUUUGUUGAAUUUUUAAUACCUGUCAGAGCGUCUGAUUUGAUCACCAACCCCCUGGAAUGUGAAGUUAAAUAAAUAACCACUCCUUUGUCUCAUUUACAAACACGUGCAGCACAUGUAUGGAUCCAGAUCAGUCACUGCGGUUAUGAAAGGGUGGAGGCUGAGCUUCUAGAACGAGGACUCAAAGUGUCUUGGUUUUCUCACGAAGGGUCGAUUCCUGUGAAGUGAUAAAUACAUCAGAAAUAAAAUGCAUUGUAUGGAGUCUUAUAAUGAAAUAUAGAUUUCUUUUUAAUGGGACCAGGAAAGUGAUACAUGUUAACUGGAGCGGUAAUGUUCUGACGAGACUAAUGUUUUCGCUUUUUAUUGAUUUUGACAAUAUCGCCUGCAUUGUUUACCCCCCCCCCCCCCCCCCCCCGCUAUCUUUGUCAGUGCCAUAUUCAUGGGAUAUGAAUCAUUUAACAUUCUUUAAACAUUUAUGGUUUUUAACGUGAGCUCGUAUGGAUGUUUGUGGAAUUCUAUUUAAGCCUCUUUUUUUCUUUUUCACACCCACCACGUGAGGAGUCGUUGGCUGAUCUCACUUCCACUCUGUCUGUUCACAACUCUCUUUUUGUACAGUUGAUGUUACUAAUUUCUAUCCGCCCAUUUACAACAGUGUAACUCGUAAAUCAUGUGGCUAACGAAAAAAAUAAAACUGAUCCUUGAAACGUU